CCCCUCACCAACUAAAAAAAAUCUGCUUUUGGUGUAAAUUCCCUUAUAUUAGGGUUUAUACCCGCUAACUCCCUAAACCAGAUAAACAAACAAGAAAGAAGCUUUAGCUUGAAUUAUCAUUCCUUCUGCACAUCACUGACUCUAAACUUAGAACCCAAAUACUCGAUUUAAAUUGAUGAACCUCAAACUGAGAAACUCUUUGCUCUCGUUCCUAAUCUCAAAUAGAUCAUACGAACCCACCAAGCUUUACCUUCUUCCUCACCAUUUCCAUCAAUGGCGAGGCAUAACCAAAGUCCGCCUCAAAUGGGUCAAGAACCGAAGCCUUGACCACAUAAUCGACAAGGAUACCGAGCUCAAAGCCGCUUGUCUUCUCAAAGAUGCCAUUAAAAGGUCCCCCACCGGCUUCCUCACCGCCAAGUCCUUUGCCGAUUGGCAGAAGCUUCUAGGCCUCACCGUCCCUGUUCUCCGGUUCAUGCGAAGGUACCCAACAAUCUUUCAUGAAUUUCCUCACGCCCAAUACUCAAAUUUGCCUUGUUUUAAAUUAACGGACACUUCACUGUUGUUAGACUCACAAGAACAGAGUAUACACCAAGCUCAAGAAAACGACGCCGUCGAGAGGCUUUGUAGACUGCUUAUGAUGACUAAAACUAGGACUUUACAGCUUAAAUCUUUGUAUCCGAUCAAAUGGGAUCUGGGUUUGCCUGAUAAUUUUGAGAAAUUAAUGGUUCCCAAAUACCCAGAUCUUUUUCGGUUCAUUAAGGCCUCAAAUGGGUUGAGCUGCUUGAGACUUUUACAAUGGCGUGAUGAGUUUGCUGUUUCGGCAUUGGAGAUGAGUAAGGAGAAUAGUGAAGUGGGGGAUGAGUAUAGGCAGUUCAAGAGAGGUCAAACGAUGUUGUCCUUUCCCAUGAGUUUUCCAAGGGGUUAUGGAGCUCAGAAGAAGGUUAGAGAUUGGAUGGAGGAGUUUCAGAAAUUACCAUACAUUUCUCCUUAUGAGGAUUCCAGGAAUAUUGAUCCCAAUAGUGAUUUAAUGGAGAAAAGAGUAGUUGGGCUUUUACAUGAGAUUUUGAACGUGACUCUUCACAAGAAGACUAAGAGAAAUUACUUGAGAGGCAUGAGAGAGGAGUUAAAUCUUCCACAUAAGUUUACAAGAAUCUUCACUAGGUAUCCUGGGAUUUUCUACUUGUCGUUGAAGUGCAAAACGACAACAGUUUCCCUUAGGGAAGGGUACCAAAGAGGGAAACUGGUGAACCCACAUCCAUUGACUCGUCUAAGAGAGAAAUUUUAUCAUGUUAUGAGAACAGGUUUGCUGUAUAGAGGUAAAGGUGAAAUCCUCCUACCAAAAGAGGGUAUUAUGCUUGACACUGGGGAGAAUGAAAGUGAGCUAGAAGAAUCUGAAGAAGAGGAAGAGGUUGACAUUGACGAUGAAGGCUCCGAGUACAUUUCUGAGUUUGAAAACUCUGAUGAAGAUUAGUACUUUCAGGUUACCAAGAAUUUUUUUUCCCCUUGAUGAUCAUCAACUUUCCCAGUUAAAAUUUCCGAGAGUAGUGACACUAGGUUGUUUCUAUCAAUUCAAGUACAAGGCUGUAUACCCAAUUGAUUUAUUAAUCAGAAAUAAGACCACAAAAACCUUAGCUUUUGUUCUUA